CGGCAGGAGGCUGAGGCAGAGCGGUUGCUUUUGGUGUCCACUGAGAAGAAGGUGGCUUUAUUGAAGGAGCUGGAGAGACUCAGAGGAGAACGAUCAGAAGAGCCGGAAUCCUGUCCUUCAGAAGAGCUGAGACCUUGCCAUGGUUCUGUCACCAUCUCUGAUAUCCAACUGCCUCUCAAGGUGGACUAUGUGUGCAAGGCAAUCCGUGACUCAGGAUCUCUGGGUCACUAUUUCCUCAUACUCAUCCGCUAUGGAAGCUAUGAUGUUGUAGCCACACCUCUGGCUAGUGCUGCAGAUGCACAGACCGGUGACACCAUUAUAUUUCCUACCUCAGUAACCCUAAAUGAGGCUGGUGCAGACUUCAAAAUAGAAAUUGAGGUUUACAGUCUGGCACAAAGUGGACCCACUACCACUGUGGAUAAAAGGAAGUCCCUCAAGCCUAAGAUUACACCAAAAAAGCUUCUGAGUUCCCGGAAAACCUCCCUGAACUCUCCAGCAUGUAGUCCAGCAGUGAACUGCUCUCUCAGGUCCAGUAGCUUUUUGCUGGUUGGGUCCCUGACGUUGUCUCUAGAAUCUCUGGGCAAAUUCAAGUUUCCACUGGAAAAGAUGAAAUUGGAAGGGAAGGUCGGUCGUCUGCUUGGAAAUCAUUUCCAGGAUAAGGUCCCUUUCCUGUCCCCUCUG